CUGUCAGACUAUCAAUAAGGAAAAAAAAUAAUAUAAACGGAUGAACAUAGCCCUGUGCCCCUGUCUUGUGCCUCCUCCUCCUCUCGCACCUCCCUCUCUCUCAGUUCUCCGUUGAAGCGCACUCAACGUCGCACUUGACGUUCGUCAUUACAAACUAUUUGUUCUCAGCAGCUUCUGAGGUGAUGAUGGCAUCAAAAAUUAAUGAAUCGCAACUAAAAAUUUGCCUACUAGUGGAGCAUGGAACUGAUGAGAUGCCUCAUUCGCUGUAUACGAUUGACCUACCAAGUGAUCUGGAGCGGCAAACGGAGGUCGAUUCUGAGGGGUUUCAAGAGUUAUUACCCUUGGUAGUCUUCCCUCAGCGUAAGUUUCUGUACCAGACUGAAUUCGUUAACCUCGGAUCGAAAGUAUACAUCUUUGGAGGUGUUACAUCUGAUAAGCUUGACGAAGACCUAUAUAGAGCUGUACAUGUCCUUGACAUGAACGAUCCUAAGCAUGGGCUGCGCCGAGUUGCUUCCCUGAAUGCCUCCAAGGAAUGUCCUUGUGCGUUUGUGGCUGAUGGUAUGAUCUACACGCUUGGGAAGGCCGAGAGAAAAGAAGCAUCUGGCAAGUCAGGUUGUUUCGAGCGUUAUAUUCCUCGUAUUGACAGGUGGGAAGUCCUUCCUGACCCCCCACUUCCGUGGGUUGACCUUUUUACAGUUGAUUGGACUGGUCGUGUCACGGUUGUGGGUCGUGAGGUCUUCAUAGGGAGUUAUGGCAGGUAUGCCAUUUUUAACUUGGAUAUGUUAGAGUGGGCUGAACCGCCAUCUGCAUCUCUGGCUGAAUGUUUCCCUUAUGGUGCGCUUUAUAUCGAUGGCUUCCUCUACCACCUAAGGGGAGGAGACCUUUGGAGGAGACCAGGUGCAGUUUGGGAUCCUCACUAUGUUCCCAAGCCUCUACAGAUUGUUAGGAGAGGCCCCUUUCCCAAACAUGAUGGUUUUGGUAGUAGCAGCAAGGAUAUUCUCAAGAGCGCCUCUUUACAACCUGGGAAAGCGCAGGUCAUGUCUACAGCUGCCGAAUUAGCCGGCGAAGACAAUACCUUCUUCACACAUGGAAAUUUUGAUCCUUGGCGACUUCUCCUCCACUUGGGGGGCCCUUACUUCUGCUAUCUUGUCACUGCCCAAAAUAUAAACUUGAAAUGCCAAACGGUUGAUUACUACACUCGUUUUGUAGGGAUCAUGAUCUUUAAGAAGCCCCAAGGGGAAAAUAUCAAUAUUAAUGAAAGCUGUCUUGUAUCCUCGUUGAUCUAUAGAAUCCACACCCCGUUCCGUAACUUUGCAUAUUGCCUCCGCUCCUGCGUUCUUGGUGAUGUCCCGGAAUCCUGGAAUAGAGUGGUGCCAAACAAAAAGCAGGAAAGCAGCAGGAGGACUAAAAAGAAUGAGCUCUUUCAUAUGGCUGCGACCCAGCAGGGUAACCGUCUUCAGGUUGACAAGGAUGUGUCAAAGGAAUCUAAAACAGAGAACAAUGUCCGUGUUGGUGAUGUUGAGGAGGUUGGCAACCUUAAGAAGGUUUUGGCAGCUCAAGAGGAAGAACUCAGCAGGCUAUAUUCUGAACUGGCAAAGAAGGAUACACUUUUGAAGACCUAUGAGAUGGAGUUGGUUAAGAACAAACCUUCAAUUUAGUGUAUCGUGAAAUUUAGAUGGGCGCUUACAGUGGAAUGAGAUAAGAAAGCAGAAGUAUCUUGUUUAUUGUUAAUAAUGUUAAGCUUGGAAACACCGUGAACUUUCACUGUUAUAACUAUUGUGCUACUACUUUAUUUUUUGUUCUUGAUCUUGCCUUGACAACUGCAUUAUCCUACAUACGUAGUAGCAAAGACUAUUUUCUUGCCAAAAUCUUUGUAUAAUAUGAUUUCCUUUUUUGUCAUA